AUGUUUGGCGGCACAAUUUCUCCCUUUGCUAGAUCCGAUCUGUCCGAUCUUUUGAACAUGAGAUCUAUGUGUAACAAACCCAGCUCCCUGGGCCUGCUGCUCUGUGGCAAACAACACACGAAGCAUCGAUCGGUUCUAGAAUCUUAUGUUCAUCGCCAAAUACGAUCCACCCGAGAUCACGUUUCUGACGAAACACGACGCAAGAUACCAGAUCCAAGAUACCAUGUAGUUGAGGAAGAGUUUGUGUCCCUGAAAGAAGUCAUACUCGUGCCCGCCCCCACUUUUUUGGGCAUUCGGAUCUCAUCACCCACUAAAGUGGGUGCUUUUCAGCCAAACGGCCAUGUCACCCAAACGGGCAUCUCGUGCAAUUCGGAAGUUUUGAGCCUGGGAAAAAGAUAG